AUGUGGACCAAGCUCAAGGUUCCGAGCACGCUCAAGCUUCGGCCACCCGAGUGUUGCAAACUCUCACCUCGCCCACUGCUAGUUCUGCCAAAGAGAUCUCUGCUUUCAACCUGGACACCACCAGGAAGUCGGCGGUGGCAAUUACAAAGACCACCUCCGCCACAUGCAUCUUGCAUUGGCUUGCCCUUCGCUGCGAGACGUACAUCAUCAACGCAAAGGAUCUCUUCAGAUAACAUCGAGCUCGUGGACAACGCACUGGACGCGCCAGAAUCCAGCCUGAACGCCAAGAACGGCAGAAUCACCUGCAUCUACUUCGACAAGUCUGGACGCUUCAACGCCGAGCACAAACAACUGACCAAGGCCGAGAUUGGCGAGCAGUUCGAGCUGCGCCACCGCGACCUGCGGGACAUUGACCUCAAAUCCGAGGCGGUGACGCGCAUCUUGGUGCGGCCGACGACCAUCCUCCUGCAGUUUUUCCAGUUGUGUAUGAUCAUCCAGGCCGACGAGGCGCUGCUGAUCUACAAUCAUCAACCGCAGCCGCAGACAAGCAGUGACAGCGACGAUGACGCCGCCCACGGCGGCGCCGGCGCCGGCGCCAAUGCCGACGGAUCGUCUCCGAGGAAAAACGACGACGGAGGCGAGUUCUACCGCGAAAUCGAGCGGCGCAUGUCCGGCCCGAACGUCGAGACCGCCGACGUGCCCGAGUUGCCGUACGAACUGCGCGCCGUGGAAGCCGCCCUGGUGGCCGUGCUCUCGGCGCUGCGCCACGACCUGAUCGACGCGCGGCACAAGGCCGAAGAAUCCGCCGCCAGCCUGCGUCUCGACUCGGGCCUCGCGGCCGUCGGCCUCAACCUGGUCUUCGACCGGACGCGGACGCUGAGCAAGAUCGAGCAAAAGGCCCGACUGGUGCGGGACACGAUCCGCGAGGUUCUCGACACCGACGAGGACCUCGCGGGCAUGUACCUGUCCGACCACCUCGCAGGCCACCCUCACGAUGCCGCGGACCACCAGGAGGCCGAGUACAUGCUGGAAGCGUACCACAAGGCCGCCGACACCUUGGUCGAAUCCGCCCAAGCGGCCAUCGACAUCUUGCGGAAAAAGGAAAACACCUUCCGCUCCUCGCUCGCCGUCCAGCGCAACCAGAUCAUGUUCCUCGAGGCCCGCGUCGCCAUCCACACUUUGGGGCUCGCCGCGGGGACCAUGGCCGCGGGACUAUUCGGUAUGAACCUCCUGAAUUACCUCGAGGAGGCGCCCUACGGCUUCUUCUACAUUACCGGCGCCUGCACCGUCCUUUCCGCAUUGUUCUCCAUGUACGGCAUGCGGAGUCUGCGCAGGAUCCAGACUCUGAAGGGCAUUCAGCGCUCGAGGGUUGGAGGGUUGCCGAGAUCCUAG